AUGGCCUCAACGGGUCUUGAAAAUGACCCUUUAGCACAGAAAAUCGACGCCCUUGGUUCUAAUCCACGACCGCUCGGCCUCCCCCCCGUUCUGGCGCCCGGCGUAAAGCUGGACCCCAAAUCGAUCUGUCAUCCUGGCCUCGAGACCCUCUACAUCGGCUUCUUCGGCACGAGAAAUUAUCACAGAGCCGUCGUUCGCAGACUCGCCCAUAAACUUGAAAUCGGCAGUGCUAUCGUGAACCGCCCUCUGACGCAGGACGAGCUGGACUUCUACGUUGAAACCAUUAGCCAAGCUACAUCCAAUAAUCGCUGGGGCCUGAUCACUGGCGUUGAGUUUGGAAUGCUAACAGGCCUUGUUCUCGGACAAAGGAAGAAAGAGUUCCAGCAGUAUGCGCCGCCGCUCGAUGCGAAUAGACCGGCCAUCUUCACUCGGUAUGUCGAGACACUCAAGGCAAUGCGCGUGGCGGACCCGGCUGUUUUCCAGCGGACUAUAAUAUCACUUUGUAAAACGACUUUCGUUGGCGGGCUCUGUGGGUGGUUUGUUGGAUCGGCUUACGCGAUGUCUCGCAGCGCAGCGGCUGCGUCGACUGAUCCGCGGAUAAAACAACAUCGGGAGGAGUUCAUGAAGGUGGAUCAAAGGGUAGCGGAGAGGAGACGUCGCGCUGCUAUGGUUGCGCGUGUUCAAGGGGCUCAGGGCAAGUUAGAAGACGAUCUAUACAACCAAGAGGGUCUAUACCAGGGCGGGUUUGAGGAGUCGUCUUCGACUACCGCUUCACAGCCGGCAGAUACGUCCGCAUCGCCGACAAUCCAAUCUCAGACUUACCCUUCAAACACUCCCGCCGAGAGCCAAAGUACGCCUGCUUGGCCAACACCUCACCCUGACACCUACAGCUCCAGCGUACCGACAUCUGGUCAGAACAAUGACAGCACAUUCUUCGACGACGACGCCAGCCCAAUCGCACCGGAUUACCGAGAUACAAAUACCGCCCCACAGGGUAGUGCCUGGGAGCGCAUCCGACAACAGAACCAAAAUCCGUCUUACAACCCGUCUGUAACUCAACCGCAAUACCAACGAGCACCGCCCGCUGCAGAGGCUACGGGUAAUGACAGCUAUCGAGAGCGAGAGCGCGCCCGAGCCGAGUUUGACCGUAUGCUUGAAGCAGAGCGAAACCAACACAGUGACUCGGACGGCGGAUCGCGCGGCGCGAGUGGGUGGUGGAAGUAG